AUGCCUGGAAAUGCGUCGAUUCUCCGCUAUUUCCCAAAGCUCAAUGCUGGCACGUCUGACCAGACUGCUGCUUCUUUGAGUGCCAAUGAUGCUGGCGCGCCUGAAAAGGCUGCUGCUUCAUCGAAGUACGAUGAUGCUCGCGCGGCUCCUAGAGCUGCUGCAUCGGCAUCGAAUGCUGGCAUGUCCGAAAGGGCCACUGCCUCAUUUAAGUACGGUGAUGCUCGCGCGGCUCCUAGAGCUGCUGCACCGGCAUCGAAUGCUGGCAUGUCCGAAAGGGCCACUGCCUCAUUCAAGUACAACGAUGCUCGCGCGGCUCCUAGAGCUGCUGCACCGGCAUCGAAUGCUGGCGCGCCUGAAAAGGCUGCUGCCUCAUUCAAAUACAACGAUGCUCGCGCGGCUCCUAGAGCUGCUGCACCGGCAUCGAAUGCUGGCAUGUCCGAAAGGGCCACUGCCUCAUUCAAGUACAACGAUGCUCGCGCGGCUCCCAGAGCUGCUGCACCGGCAUCAAAGUACAACGAUAUUGGCAUAUCUGAAGAGAUAUCAGCCUCUAUCAAUGUCUCCCUGGACAAUGGCCAGAGACAUGACAAUGACGGGGCGUCUACUCGGACUGCCCCUUCAGGCACUUCUGAAGGUACUUCCUUGGCCAAUGGCCGUGAGAGGCGACCUAGAAGAUCAGCCUUUGCCAACACUAUAGCUGGCAUGAAGAGGGCUCUUAUUGACCCUCUGGCUGAACACGAGGCUCCUGAGCCUUCUCCAGCGAAGAAGAAUAAGAUUUCUUCUGCUGCCGAUCCAUCAACUGAUGGUUUCGGAGGUGAUAUUGCGUCGACCGUGGCGCAAGCAAAGGAGAAGGCCAAUCCUGUGUCCAACUCCCAGAUGACCUCUGGCGAAGCAGACCGUGGAGAGCCACUUGCUUCUGGCAAGGAGUCAAUCGACUCCGUUGCUGGCAGGUCUCAACCUCAGCCAGUGGAGUCAAGCAAGAAGAGGGCCCUUAGGUCCACAAAGAAUAUCGCCGCCUCUAACGAGGUUCCCUCCAAAAGGGCGAAAUCAGGCAAGGCAAGUGCCCGUCGGCCUGAAAGCACCAACAAAGAUGCAGAUGGUGACAACGUUGAUGGAGUCAUUGACCCAGUUGUCCCUCUUGUAUCUAUUGGUGCCGAGCCCGUUGCUCCUCGGCGAUCAAGUCGAUCUGCCGCCGCAAAUGCAACGGCUCGUAUAAAAGAUAGCUCCAGGGAUAGCAUAAGCUCUGCUGUGGAAGCCGAAGGGCUUCCUCCAACACCGCCAUCUAUCCCCAGGCCAAAGGCCGGAAGCAAGGCCAAGGGUAAGGCCAAGGCUCCUGCUAUUGAUGAGAGCACUCUCGUCGACGACGUCUGUGGUGUUCCACAUGACGAUUGUAGUGACGACUGGGUGCCUCAGGAUGAAGAGGAUGAGAGCGUUAUUCCUGAUCAGCUGAUCUUGGGUAAAAGAUCUUUGAUCGAUGAGCUCCCUUUCGAUUCUGACGAGUACCUUGAUGACUCUGAUGAUACACCAGAGGAGUUUGAUGAGCCUCUAGAUGAACCUGAUGAGCAUCUGGGUGAAGUGGACAAGGAAGACGAUCCUGGCUUCCUUGAUACCAAUGACGACAGUUUCAUCCCCUUUGAGGAUGUUGUCGAUGAAGCUGAUGAUAUCGAAAUUGACGAUGUCAUAGCUGUAGACACAGGAGCGCAUGUUGAUGCCGCUCUCUGGAUAGAGGAAUACAAUGAGUCACAUCCUGUGGAUCCUAAUGAUGUUGAUCUACAGAGGUUUGACCAUUCAUUCACUUGCAUGAUUGAAUUCCUGUGCCAAUGGGCUGUUGAUAGCACCAACAAUGGCUGGUACAAACUCCCCCGUGAACAGAGGGAAAUGACCGCAGGAUUUCAUUCAUUGUUUCACAGGGCUGCACUAAAUCCUGCUCAAUUGAUCCAAAUUUGUCUUGAUGGCAUGCCAAGACAGACUAGAAAAGUCCUUGGUAGAGCAAAUCUCAAUGCAGUAGAUCUUUUUGAUCUCCCAAUCAUACCAUUCGAGUGUAAACAUCGUUUGGUAUAUUUGGAUGUAGCAACUCGUCUACCAAUGGGCGAUAUUCACAUUACUCACGACCUUGGUGACAAAUGUAAGCCCAGAAAGACGGCAAAGUCCUCAGCCGACUUGAGCCAAGCACUUGAAGUCAACUUGUAUGUCGGCUCAAGUGCCAACAGGAAAGGCGGAUCAUAUCGUAUUCGCCAGCAUCUUGGUAUAGCAAAUGGCUAUCUCAAACGUGAGAAAAGUAGUCAUUACGAUGCCAUUUGUGAACCUGACGUUGUGCCAAAUUUUCGCUUGGUUGGCGCAUGGCAGAACCCAUACGCUGACAGUAGCUACGAUGGCCAAGAUGUCUCACGAUGGAUUGUUCCCCUAGUUGAGGGCCUAAUUAUGGUUUAUCUUGGCCUUUAUACCAAGAGACAUACGGUGCCUCACAUGCCAAAACUGUUUCCACCAAGUUCAUAUACUCUGGCGGACAUUCUACGAGAUCAGACUUCAUGUCCCGAUUUCGAGAGCCUCAGCUUGAAUAAAGCUUGGCCACUUAUGCAAGGUGUUGCAAUUGGACCUACAUCUGUGAAGGUCUGCGCAAACCCAGAGUGCCGCCGUCCACGAACCGGAACUGAUGCAGUGCAGCUGGGGAUACUUCCAACCAAGUACUUUGUCAGAAUCGGCUCUGUAGACUUGUUGGCUGCCCUUUACUGUCAAAAUUGCAGCGCAUACUAUCGCAAGCAUCAUGAGAAUCGAUCUCGACAGGGAUUAGACACCGGUCGAUGGUGGCACGAGAGCGACUUUGAAGAAAUUAACAAAGUCUGGCUUGCCAACGGACAUGAACGCAAAUGUCACAAUAUCCAUUGUGGCGUGUUGAUUCAUCCCCGUGCCAAUAUCUACGGCGUAGAAAAUGGCAUUAGGUUGACAAGCGCAAAGACGCCAACCUACCGUCCAAAUUAUGUAGCUCUUGCUACAGCGGCCGUUGCUCAUUCCUUCAAGACGGUAUUCCAAUCAACGCAGAUGGUAAAGUAA